GCCCGGUUUUUUGGGCCGGGAAAGCCCGACGAUCGAACUCAGUCAACAACCUACUAGGUAGAUAGAAAGACGAAGAGCUCCAUCGACGGCUUUCUCCGAGCAGAUCUAUUCCUGCCUGCACUUGGGAGCCAGCCUUCAUUAUCGCAUCGAGGUUGGCGUGUUGAUCGACAGCAUGGGCACGGGUCGGUUCAACGCCGGCGUGGAUAGUGUCGAGCUAUUGGUGCGGCAAUUGAGCCGCGAUGGGCGGCCUUAUCGCGACGGUUUAAUGGCCUUGGGCGCUUUGGCCGCUUUGCGUCUGGGUUACCUAUCCAGCCGUUUUAUGUGGCGGCUGGUGCGCCAGAUGGCUGGACCGUGGACGGGAAGUCAGCCGCAAGCGGUGGAUUUCUCGGCCCGCUGCGGACAAUGGGCGGUGCUGAUCAAUCCUUGCAAAGGUUUGGGCUUCGCCCUGGCCUUGGCCUUGGCCCAACGACAUGUGAACCUGUUGUUGGUGGACUUCAAUGAGCACGCCCUGGAAUUGUUCAAAGAGUACAUUCAAAGAGAAUGUGACGGCAAAAUUGAGAUCAUCUCCGUGACUUGCGGAUUAAAAUUGCAUUCGGAGAAUUUGGCCGCCCAAGAAAUCGCGGAAACCAUUCGGAAGAUGAACAUCCGCUUGCUCUUCAACAUCUGUGGAUUUCCACACAAGGAGCACCAAAAAUCCGCUGACGACAUAUCCAUGACUCCACAAAUCAGCUCGUUUCUGACGUUUCACUCCAAGAUUGCCCUGACCUCGCAAUUGAUAUUUGAAAUGCUGGUUCAAAGUCAAAGAAAUGAGAAUGGAUCGACCGUGUUCAACAUCGGAGCUUAUUAUCCCAACUAUGGAUCCCAAGAUUGGACCGAAUUUAGAGCUUUGCAGUCCUAUGGUACUGGUCUUCAAGAGCUCUCUGAACGAGACGGUUCCAAGAGUCGUCUGAACAUUGUGGGCGUGCAAUACAUUAACUAUUUCACUCGAAACGGCUCUGCGGCCUCCUCCAUAUGGUCCUCGUACAUGGGCUAUCUUCUUCCGACAGCCAAAUCCUAUGCCACUAGUCUGUUGGCCAAGCUGGAGCGAGGUCGAGAGCAUCAGUUGGCGGUGUCCUGGCGCCACUCAAUGAUCAUGGGGAUUCUCAAUCUCUGCCCUUACCUCUAUUUUCCCUCUCCAUGAAAUCAGAUAUGAUUGCCUGUGCUAAAAAAGACACCCGGAACCCAACUUCCCAUUGUAAAGUGUAGUAUAUAUGGUAGGUGAAAAAGCUACACCAAUUAAUCUCAGUCUUUUAUGCGGUAAUAUGACUACACUAUUUGCGAUGGAUUCACUCAAUAUGCUAUCUAACGCAACCACAAUAAAUUACCAUCAUUUUAAAAGAAUUCG